CAGCAAAAUAAUACUCGUAUUUGUUUGUUGAAUGGAAUAGAAAUAGAAAUAGAAAUCGAAUUAGAUUUAGAGACAACCAAAAGAGGGAGGGGUGGGUUUUUAAACCCCUUUUUCUGUACAUGGAUGAUGAUGAUCAUAUCAUAUAAUUAAUCGCAUUUAGUUUUAACAAAAACAAGAUAAAGGAAAAAGGAGAGCUAAUUAAUUAAAAUCAGAGCUUGGUUUGGCAUUAAUUUAAACAAUCAAUUAAUCAAUCAAUUAAUGAUCUUAAGGUUCCCGUUUCUCACCUUAUUAUUCUUUUUCUUAGGCUGCUUCCAAAAUGCCAUUGCCAGCAACCAACAAGGGAAUGUAGAUGAACAUAAUAGUAAUGUCACUGAUACUACUAAUGCUACAUAUCCGUAUAUCGAAGAACAAGAUCAAAGUCAUACAGGUAGGGUGCUUGUGGAGUUCAAUCUAUCGGGGAACUUGAAUGGUGUUGUAAAUAGCUGUGUAGAUACUGAAAAGAAUCAUAUUCAGGGAACAAGUCCGGUUGAAGAAGUAGUUUCAAGGAUUUUAGGUUACUCUGCAUUAGUUUGUGAUCCCGAAGUUCAAGAUAGUUACGUAGAAAAGAAACAGGACGAUAUACAAAAUGGGAGGACCCAUCUCGCCUAUCUUAAUCUUGACGAGUUUAGAAACAUUACAAAGCAAGAUAACGGGUCAAGCAGCACACCAAGUGCUGCAGCAACCGGAAUACCAAAUAUUACCCACCGGCUCGAGCCUGAUGGAACUCAUUAUAACUACGCCUCUGCGUCCAAGGGUGCAAAAGUUGUGGCGCAUAAUAAGGAAGCAAAUGGAGCAAGCAAUAUAUUGGGUUUAGAUCACGAUAAGUAUUUAAGAAACCCAUGUUCUGUUGUGGAUAAAUAUGUCAUCAUUGAGCUUGCAGAGGAGACUUUAGUUGAUGCUGUAAAAAUUGCAAAUUUUGAACACCAUUCUUCUAAUUUUAAGCAGUUUUCAUUGUCUGGAAGCUUGGUGUUCCCAGCUGAAACAUGGUACCCUCUUGGAACUUUUGUUGCUGUAAACGUUAAACACCAUCAAUACUUCAAGCUCCCUGAACCCAAAUGGGCGAGAUACAUGAAGUUGAAUUUAGUUAGUCAUUACGGGUCGGAGUUUUACUGCACGUUAAAUCUUUUUGAAGUAUAUGGUGUGGAUGCAAUUGAGAGGAUGCUUGAAGAUCUUAUUGUGACUUCAGAAGAAUCAAAAAACGUUAGUUUAACCCAAUCUCCUGCUUCAUCACAAACUACAGGCUCAAAAAAUGGAAAUAUGGAAGGUGAAAAAGCAAAUGUGCCUGAUGCUGCUAGUAAAAAGAAGGAAGGUGUUGAUGAUGGAAAAAGGGUUGAUGAUGAUCUGGUAAAGUUACCCGAUACUGUGACAAAAAUUCCCGACCUUGUAACAAAAGGUAAUGGAAGAAUACAUGGUGAUGCUGUUUUAAAGAUUCUGAUGCAAAAGGUCAGAUUACUCGAAAAGAACUUAUCUUUGCUGGAAAAUUAUAUUAAAGAGUUCAAUAAGAGACAAUCAGAUCUUAUUCCUCAACUAGAUGUUGAGCUUGUUAAGUAUUCAGCGCUUGUGGAGAAAGCCCGAUUGGAAAUUAAGGAUCUUUUGUUAUGGAAGGCGACCAUGGAAAAAGAAGUUGCUGACUUGGAGUCGUGGAAGGCUUUUGUGUCAUCCCAUCUGGAGUCAAUUGUUAAAGACAAUGCCAUGCUCAGGCAAGCUAUUGAGAAGGUUGCAAGGGAUCAAGAAAACCUGGACAAGGCUGAGCUCACUGUGUUGACUGUGAGUGUAUCUUUUGGCAUUGCUGUCAUCUUGAAGAUUGUUGCAGAUCGAAUCUUUAAAUCUCGUUAUAACAGAGCACGCAGGGAGAAUACUAAUUGGAAGCUACUACUCGUUACCUGUGUUGUCACUGCAAUUGUGGUUUUGAACUUUUAUUAACACUUUAACUAAUAUAUCUUUGCAGUUCCGGUUAUACAAAUAGAAAUAUGUAGAACUGUUAUAUUUUUUGUGGUUCUUUUAGAUUGUACUUUUGUAGUAAAUUGGUUCAAUGUGAAGCUGAAAUGAACCCAUCCUCUAGAUAUCAGGUUAUAAACAACUAUUCCAGGCUUUGAACAUUUUUGCUCGGGUAUGGAUUUAGAUCUGGGGUUCUUUGUUAUGCGUUUGUUUAAAUAUUGUAAAUUUGAUCUCGUUAUGUAUGUUGAGUUAGCACGUGAA